AGAUCCUUUGGAGUUGUUCUAUCAUUUAGGAAGAAUGAACAAGGAAUUUUUUUCUCUUUCUACUUCAGAGUAUUUCUGAAUAUUUAAUCUGUUGAAUCAUACAGCUGAAAAGCAGGUCCACUGACAAUCAAGCAUCAAUCUUGCACUAAUCCCACUUUAUUCUUUCCACAUCCCUUCAACUCAACUAUAUAGUAAGGGGAAUUUAUCGAGGUCAAGUAAGCUGACCAUCUGUAGCACUUUGGAAUGUGGAAAAUGCACACUCCAUAGGCAGCACUGAAAGUCAGAGUCCAACCUGGCUCUGUGCCACUGUGCUGUCUGCCGUCAAGACCAGACUAAUGAAUUUACUCCAAAAGGUCAUGUAUAAGGUACAAAAAUGGGAUGAAAAGAUAACACAAUUUACAUUUUUAAUUUGAUUGUUUACCUUUGAGCCAUAAUUUAAUAUGGAAACCUCUUAUGCAGGGAAAAACAUGAUGCCCUUUUUUUUGCGCCCCCAUUGAAAGCUUUCUGCACUUUCCUGGCUCCAAUUCCAGCAGUGAAGGACAAACUUCCCUCUUUGGACCCUCAAGUGGGCCCUCCGUUGGUGUUCAAUAUGAUGAAAUCCUCGGACAUUCUAGCCAUUUCAAGUCCAUGAAAAAUUAAUCAACUAUUAAAAUCAGAUUAUUGAAACUUUGUGUACCAACUGUAAAAAAAAUCGAUUUAAAAUAUAAAAAUUCCUUCAGUUCAUCUCUUACAACUAUUCCCUGUGUUGUAAAGAGUGGAUCCUAGUCAAACUAGUCAAACCAGAUUUUUCCAAUGAGACUUCUUUGAAUUAAUUCCAUGAGGUUGUUGCUGCUGCUUCAGGACAUGUUUGGGAAGUGACUGGUUCAGUGAGGUUAGUCUGGCUCCUCAAUAGAAAGGAGUUCCACUGGUUAACUAUUUGCUGGAAGCCAUUUUGUCCAUUAUGUCAGUGAACUUCUGUUAUUCUUUGUGGUCUUGUGUCUUUCUCUGUUUUAAGCAAGCGGAGUAGCAGAUCAUUUUGCCUCUGAUGUUUGAAUAUCUAGUGAGGAAUUUUUAUGAUCCCCUUCCUUUUAGACACGACCACAUGCUAAAAUCAACCUACUUGUUUCAGUUCAUUUGUAAAUUGAUUACUGAUCGCAGGAGCAGUCUUCUGUUCCAUUAUAAGAUAAGUAAAAAUCCAUAGAUCCUGUUGUUUGUUUCUUCGUGAAUGCAACUAAUUUUGUUUAAAUUUGGGGUUAUUAAAUGGUAUGUAAAAAAAAAAAUUGAAGAUAUCACCUGGUCAAAUUUGUAACCAUGAAUCAAGGGUCGCUGUUUGAAAAGUUAAGGGAACAAUGGAAACCUUUUCAUCCAGCAGUCUGAAAAUUUGGAUAGGCAUAAAGUUGUAACUCAUGGUAGUGCAUCUAAGAAAAGGAAAAGCAUUACAAUAGGUCAAAAUGGAUGAGGUUAAAUGAUCUAAAGAGAGGAGCACCAUCAGAAAUUAGUAAAGCAUCAUAUCUUAGGCGUUCAAAUAUAAAGAAUAAAAUGGACACUCAACGCUUCAAGAUUCCAAGUACAUUUAUUAUCAAAGAAUGUAUAAGUUAUACAACCUUGAGAUUUGUCUGCUUACAGGCAGCCAUAAAGCAAGAACCCAACUGAAAAAAAUGAAGGCCAACCCAUAAUGCACCUGGGAAGAGCAAACAAAGCACAAGUCUUGCAAACAAUAGAAGCAAGCAACAACAACCACAUUCUAAGCCAAGUUGGGUCCUUGCAUCCAAAUCCCCGGAGUAGGCCCAAACCUUCAGUUUCAGUUCAUCAUGUUAGUGUAGCAAAUCGCCGCAAAGUUCACGGACAUGAAACUCAGCAGCCCGGGACAGUCUCAGCCUCAGCGUCGCAGAGAGAAGAGUGAGAGUGAGCAAAAUCAGCCAUCCUGCCUUUCCAGUCUGUUGUUGAAAUUGUCCAAAUAGCAGAUCAUAUCUUGGAUUAGACCCGGACUCUGGGCCUAGAACACGCCACCCAGUGAUUCACUUUGGACGGAGAUUUCACUGCCGACAAAGCCGUUCUCAACCUCUCCAAGUUGCUUGGAGUGAUCCAACCUCACACCUGGGAUAGUUGGACAGGCAUUGAAAGUCCUUUGCCUGAACUUCUCCUCUCAGAAAUGUUCACUCCAACUAUAUCUGUGUCAAUUUUGCAGUGCACCAGCACCCUUCGUCUCCCGGAUUCACUUAGCCUUUGCUUGCCUCUUCAUUGUUUACAGUGAUGGUUUACCACAAUUUACCUUAAAAAGGAUUGUUGUUAGUCAUGUUUUUAGUUGAAUUUCCUUGCUUUGCACUAUCAGUAAGCUGUUGCGUGCCUUCUGUAGCACCAUCCUAAAAAGAUUGGCCCUGAUGCAGUCUGCUGUCAUUACAAAGCAUUGAAAAGGUUUGAAAAGAGUAAGCGACCUUGCUACUUAGUGGAAAUUCAGCAGGAUGUUGCUCAUUUGAGCCUUUGUUGAUCUAUUUGAGAACCCUCAGGUUCUGAGAAGAAUUGGGAAGCAUCUGGAAGCUCAGCAAGACAGCUAGGAUGAAGCUGGCCACUUUUGAAGAGUAGUUUAUGAAGUAUUCCUGAGGUAGAGGGAUUCUGUGCUUCCAAGAAUUAUUAUUCAAGAUAUUAUUGUUAAUAACAUUUUAGUCAUUAUGCAUGGUAUCAACCCAAAAUAUUGCAAAAAUCCCUAUGUGUGCUACUCAAUACACUUGAGUUCCUCCAGUCUUUUUCUAUUUUGCCCUACAUUCAAACGUCUGCAUUUUCUUGUGACUGCAUUUUUGGUUGUGUACCUGCCACUGAGCACAACAGCAGUUCUCCAGCCAAUGGAUCAAGGUAUAAUUGCAGCUUUUAAAACAUCUUUUUUCAAUCUAUUGAAAUAACCAAAGCAACAAAAGACAAGUUUUUUUUUAAAGAGAAUUUUGGAAGAUAUUGUAGAGGGUUUGGGCUACAAACAAAUUGAAACAUUAAAUUUUGCAGAAAAUCCAGAGCAACACAUAUAACAUGCUUGAGGAACUUAGCAGGUCAGGCAGCAGCUAUGGAGAAAUUAACAAUCAACACUUUGGGCUGAAGCACUUCAGUUCUGAUGAAGGGUCUUGUCCUGAAACUUCAACUGUUUAUUCCUCUUCAUGGAUGCUGUCUGACCUGCUUAGUUCCUCCAUCCUUUUCUGUGUCCAAACUUGAAUUGUGUUUUCCACCAUUUUUCUGAUAGAAGAUAUGGAGGGGAAAUUGGUGGUUCUUUGCAACCAACUUGAGUUGAUGAGAAUCUACCACUGAUUUUCUUGAAUCCCAUGCUGAACAGCUAAGUGAUGAGGACCUUAUGAAACUGUAGAAGUGGCUGUUAGAAGAAUGAAAAUUUGUAGGGAUGUCAACCCAAGUCCUGAACACUACAAAGAAAUGGAAACAGCUACAGUUCAAUCUUCAGUUUUGUGUAUGCAUUGGCCUAUCUUGCGGCUUACGGGCAAAAUCAACAUAUCCAAAGUUAAAAGUAAAGGUAUUAUCAAAGUAUAUAUAUGUUACCAUGUAUUACCUUAAGAUUUAUUUUUUGCAGGCAUUUGCAGGAAAAAGAAAGAGAAUUUUAUUAAAAGUUAUACAUAAACCAAUAAAGACUGACAAGCACCAAUAUGUAAAAGAAGCUUAUUGUUUACAGACUGUUACCGAAGACAAUACUGAGCUUUUGGCAUCCUUAAUUCCCCCGGCCCUCCAAGUAUUGGAAAUGGUGCUGCUAUCCUCAAAAGAUACCACAGAACAUCUGCUUCUGAGGACCCUCGUAGCAGGUACAGUAUGGAAUGUGAAGAACAUUGUCCCUUCCAGCAGUCAAGCAGACACAAUAAAUGCUGUUAUAAGGAUUCUUGCAGAAGCCUUGGACAAGAAUGCAGACCAGAUCAUUCUUACACUCAGACAGGCUGUGUGUGCAGUCCCAAAGGCUGAGGCAGUGGUUGAAAUGGAAGAGGAAAUGAAUGAUACAGAUGAGAAUGUUGCUCCUAAACUGGAAGAUGCUACACAAAAAAUAUCUGAUCAGAGUGAAGCAGAAAAUAUUGCAAGUGAAGACAUUUCAGAUUUUUUACCAACCCAGUGCGAGGAGUUGAGGCACGCCACUGCUCUGCUUGAAGCUCAACAGACUGCCUUGGAGAUCAUUGUAAACAUGUGUUGUUCUGAAGAUCCUUCUGAUGAUGAGUGGGAGGAGAUAUCAAGCAGCGACGAAAGUGAUAAUUGUAUGGUCGAAGGGUCUGAAACACUUUUCUCUCCUCUCUGCCUGUCUGCAGAGGUUAACUCUGCACUCAUUAACUACCUUAUUCCAAACAAGGUUUUGGAGAAGACAAAAUUCACAGACAAAGUUACAGUAGAUGCAUGUAUGGAAAGUCCAUCUUGGCGACAUUUGAUUGAAAAAUUACAGCGGAUACAAUGUAGAGCCCUGACCUGCCUGCAUAAUCUUUUAUCGGUAUUGGAUGUGGAGGGGUUUGGUGGACCAUCUGCACUUCAUUCUCUUUCACAGCAUCUUGGAAAACUUGUUUUCUGUCAAUCAGAGAUAACAAAAGACUCAGAAUUCUUAGAGGCCGUGACAAGUGCUAUUAGAUCAUCGAUGCAGAUAAUGUCGUCCCAUAAUCUUCCUCAACAAUGUAUGAGUGCAGAGCAGCUGAUGAUGAUAUGUGAAGCAGGAGCCCAAUGCGAAAACAUCAGUACUCGAGUCAACGUGGUUGCCAUGAUGGGAAUUAGUGGUAAUGUACUUUCCAAGGUGGAUAACACAGCUGAAACUCUCAAGAUGAUGGGUAAUUUUUUGCUCCAAGUAGUCACCAAGGAUUCUUCACUCGUCGUCGUAGGUGAAGCCCUGGAUGCCAUCAUUGAUGUCUUUGCUGAUGGAAAAGAGGCAGAUAAAGCAGCAGAUGAGAUGAAGCUGGUCCAUAUUCUGAAGUCUUUCCAGCCAGUUUUCAAAUUGAAGAUCCAAAAGGAAGUGAAAGGUAACCUUACUCCAGAUCAACGAUUGGUCCUUGACAACGUGAAGCUCAAUCUACGGCGAUUUAUUGCCUACCGUGAAGCCUUAAUGAAAAAAUAAGCAGAGAUUCACGAAAGCUGGUUUGAAGUUGAGCCACUAUUCAUAUUUUUCACUUGAGAACUUGUUCCAGCAUUCACAUGUAAAAUGGUUAUAUCUGGUGAUCAGUUUAUAAAAUCAAGCUUUAGGCAUAAAAUAUUUUUAUUAAAUAUUCAGUAUAGUUUUUAAAGACUUUUUAAAUUGGUCAGAAUAGUUCAAUCCAUGAUUACAUAGAAAAACAAUUUUUUUUAAUUCUCUUAUAUUGGUCAAGUUUGAAAGCUCUUUUCAGUACAUAAAUUAAAUCACAAGUGGUUUUGUAACAUGACAAGUAUUGCAUAUAGUGCAAACAACUACCGUCAAUCAAAGGAAACACUUGGAAGAAGAUUGAUUUUAAUAAAGUUUAAAUUUUAUGUAUAAA